GACUGGUUGUGUUGUUGAUACUGUAUAUUAUAUACAUUUUACUCAACUGCUUUACCCACUCCAGUUAGCAGAUGGCGAUGUGUCUUUCAGGCCAUGCUGCUAGUGUGACGUAUAAUCUAGUCGACGGGACGCUUCCUGAAAAACUGAAGCCACCUCCGUAGCUCGCUAGCCAACGAAGUCGGCACAUCCAAGCUCUUUAGACAAUUUCGUUGUUUAUAUGCCGCUAUGGCGGAGGAAGAGGAGGAAGAGGAGGCUGUUACCGUCAAAAAAGACGCAGAGUGUGAGGCUGUUACAGUGAAAGAAAAAGAGGAAGAAGCUUACAGAGUGAAAGAAGAGGAGGAUGAUAUUACUGUGAAAGAAGAGGAUGGAGUUUUUGGGGUGGAAGAGGGGGAGAUGACUGUCACAGUGAAAGAAGAGGAAGACUGUUUUGGCGUGACUGAGAUGUCUGUCACAGUGAAAGAAGAGGAAGACUGUUUUGGCGUGAAGGAGAUGUAUGUCGCAGUGAAAGAAGAGGAAGACUGUUUUGGCAUGAAGGAGAUGUCUGUCACAGUGAAAGAAGAGGAAGACUGUUUUGGCGUGAAGGAGAUGUCUGUCACAGUGAACGAAGAGGAAGACUGUUUUGGCGUGAAGGAGAUGUCUGUCACAGUGAAAGAAGAGGAAGACUGUUUUGGCCUGAAGGAGAUGUCUGUCACAGUGAAAGAAGAGGAAGACUGUUUUGGCGUGAAGGAGAUGUCUGUCGCAGUGAAAGAAGAGGAAGACUGUUUUGGCGUGAAGGAGAUGUCUGUCACAGUGAAAGAAGAGGAAGACUGUUUUGGCCUGAAGGAGAUGUCUGUCGCAGUGAAAGAAGAGGAAGACUGUUUUGGCCUGAAGGAGAUGACUGUCACAUUGGAAGAAGAGGAAGACUGUUUUGGCGUGAAGGAGAUGUCUGUCGCAGUGAAAGAAGAGGAAGACUGUUUUGGCCUGAAGGAGAUGACUGUCACAUUGGAAGAAGAGGAAGAGCAGGCUGGAGAUCUGAUGAACACCGGUACAUACAGAGAGCGACCAGACUCUUACUCUGACAGCAGGAAGAGUCCUUCAGGGGAACCAGACCCAGAGAAGUCCAAACCAGCAAGACCACACCACUGCUCCCACUGCGGAAAGAGUUUUACUAAGUUACGGAACCUAAAAGAGCAUGAGAGGACACACACAGGAGAAAAUACUUUUCAAUGCUCCCAGUGUGAAAAGAGUUUUAAAGAGUUAGGGAACCUGAAAAUACACAAGAAAACACACUCUGAAGAGAAGCCUUACCACUGCUCCCAAUGUGGAAUGACAUUUAGGUGGUUACAAGGUCUGAAAAGACAUGAGAGAAUACACACAGGAGAAAAGCCCUACCGCUGUUCCCACUGUGAAAAUAGUUUUAGGUGGUUAGAAGGCCUGAAAAGGCACGAGAGGACGCACACAGGAGAAAAUCCCUACCAAUGCUCCCACUGUGGAAGGAGUUUUACUCAGUUAGCGAGCCUGAAAUCACAUCAGAGGAUACAUACACAGGAGGAGAAGACAUACCACUGCUCUCAGUGUGGAAAGACAUUUUCCCGGGCAGAGGACCUGAAAUCACAUGAGAGAAUAGAGAUGUUGUGUUCUGACUUGUGUUUUUGACCUGAGAAUUUGUGUUUUUGUUCUUGCCACAUGAAAUCAAUA